AUGUGUUUAGCAAUAGACAGUGGCAUCCUGCCAAAGGCUUACAAAAGCUCAUGGCUUGUCAGUGGCUAUUGUUACCGAACCGAACAAGCAACAGGGACUUAUGCAUUGAUCUGGCUCAGGGACCACCCAAUGUGUUCAGCAAUAGACAGUGGCAUCCUACCAAGACCCAAUAAUGGAAUAGAGGAUCAAGGCUCG